UAUUUCAUGAGCAGCCUCUCUCAUGUCUUUUGCCUCCGGUGCGCGCCGUGGCCGCACGCCGUUUGAGCAGUGCCCAUCAUGGAACAUGAACAAGCACAGUUUAACGCACUGCUUCAGAACCUGCUGAGCACAGAUAAUGAAACAAGAAGCAGCGCUGAGACGGCCUACGAUGCUAUUCCUGCCAGCAACAGGGUGUUGUUCCUGCUUGGAGCCAUGGGCCCCACUGCAGGACCGGAGGAGAUGCGGGUGCUGGCAGCUGUGCUGCUGCGGCGCCUACUGUCAACCGAGUUCGAAACCACCUUCCCUAAGCUGCCGGUCACUAACCAGCAGCAGAUCAAGGAGCAGCUGCUGCAAAGCAUCGAGAGUGAAGCAAGCAACAUCAUGCGUAGACGAUUGUGCGAGUGUGCAGCUGAGCUUGCCCGCAAGCUGAUUGAUGACGAUGCCAACAACCACUGGCCAGAGUUUCUCAGGUUCCUGUUCCAAUGUGCCAGCUCCUCCAACCCUGUGCUCAGGGAAUCAGCCCUGCAGAUAUUCACAUCUGUUCCUGGAAUAUUCGGAAACCAGCAGAGUCGCUACCUGGAAAUGAUUCGGCAGAUGCUAGUGCAAAGCUUGGCCGACUCCACCAAUGCCAGUGUUCGAUUUGCUGCUGUCAAGGCCAUCAUCGCUUUUCUCCUUGUGCAUGAAAAAGAAGUGACCAUUCAGCGAAUGUUUGUGGACUCUCUGCCUGCAAUGCUGCAGGUGGUGUCUGAAAGCAUAGAGGGCUUGGAAGACGACAGUGUGCUGAAGUGCUUCGUCGACCUGGCUGAGGCUUGUCCACGCUUCUUUCGGCCCCAUUUGGACAGCCUCAUGCAAGUGUUUCUGAGGGUGACUGGGGAGCCCUCGGUGCCCGACACAUGGCGGCACCUGUGCCUGGAGACAAUGGUGACGCUGGCAGAGAGCGCACCGGCCAUGGUGCGGAAACUGGCUGGCAGGCAUGUGGCCCUCCUUGUUCCCCAGCUGCUGCACAUGAUGGUCCAAUUGGAGGAGGAACCUGACUGGGCCGUCCAGGACGAAGUCCUUGACGAGGACCACGAUAGUGAUCCUGUGGUUGGGGAGUCGUCACUGGACCGUCUGGCCUGCAGCCUAGGGGGCAAGACGGUGCUGCCACUGGUCAUGCAGUGCGUCACCCAGAUGCUCAGCUCUGAGGACUGGCGGCAGCGGCAUGCGGCGUUGAUGGCAGUUUCGGCAGCUGGCGAGGGCUGCCACAAACAGAUGGAAGGCAUGCUGCCACAGUUGGUGGAUGGCAUUCUCAAGUAUCUUCAGGACCCUCAUCCUCGUGUGCGAUACGCCGCCUGCAAUGCACUGGGCCAGAUGGCGACAGACUUCUCACCAACCUUUGAGAAGCGCUUCCACGAUCGCGUGAUCCCAGGCCUCGCCCUGCUGCUGGAGGACCACAGUAACCCGCGGGUGCAAGCGCAUGCAGGUGCCGCACUCGUCAACUUCUUCGAAGACUGCCCCAAGCUGGUGCUGUUGCCCUACUUGGACGCAGUGGUGCAAAAAAUUGAGGCAGUGCUCAACAGCAAGAUGCGUGAGCUGGUCGAGAAAGGCACCAAGCUCAUGCUGGAGCAGAUUGUGGUCACUCUGGCUGCUCUAGCUGACCGUGCUGAGGAGAAGUUUGUGGACUACUAUGACCGUUUCAUGCCCUGCCUGAAGUACAUCAUCCAGAAUGCCUCCACCCCCGAACUGCAGCUGCUGCGAGGAAAGGCCAUCGAGUGUGUCAGCCUUAUUGGACUUGCUGUAGGCCGAGAAAAGUUCAUCGCUGAUGCGAGUGAUGUGAUGGACAUGCUGCUGAAGACACAAACAGGAGACAUAGAAAUCAGUGAGGACAAUCCACAGCUCUCAUACAUGAUAUCUGCGUGGGCCCGGAUCUGCAAAAUAUUGGGCAAGCAGUUCGAACCUUACCUCCCUUAUGUGAUGGGACCAGUGCUCAAGGCAGCUGCUCUCAAGCCUGAAAUUGCCCUCAUGGACAGUGAUGACAUGAAGGUUGUUGAAGGAGACGAGGACUGGCAGUUUGUCAGCUUUGGAGACCAGCAAAACUUCGGCAUCCGCACGGUGGGCUUAGAGGAGAAGGCAACAGCCUGCCAGAUGCUGGUGUGCUAUGCACGGGAAUUGAAGGAGGGCUUUGCCUCGUAUGCUGAGGAAGUGGUCAAGCUGAUGGUGCCCAUGCUCAAGUUUUACUUCCACGACGCCGUGCGGUCGGCAGCAGCUGAGUCCUUGCCCUGCCUGCUAGAGUGCGCACGUAUCCGGGGUGACGCCUACGUGGCCGAGAUGUGGCAGUACAUCUGCCCUGAACUGCUCAGUGCCAUCGAUGGGGAGCCGGAGAAGGAAGUCCUGUCUGACCACAUGUCCAGCUUCUCACAGUGCCUGACAGUGCUGGGCACAAAGUGCCUGUCAGAGGAACAGAUCAACAGCUUGAUUGGGAUAUUGGACAAGUACCUGCGGGAGCACUUUGAAAGGGCCGAUGAGCGCCAGCUGAAGCGUAGGGACGAAGACUAUGACGAGCUUGUUGAGGAGGAGCUGCUCGAUGAGGAUGAUGAAGAUGUCUUUCUGCUGAGCAAAAUUGCUGACAUCCUGAGGCCACUGCUGUCCUGUUACAAGGAGGAGUUCUUCCCUUACUUCGACAAGCUGCUGCCUCAUUUUACAAGGCUGCUGGGUCCUGACCGGCCCUGGCCAGACCACCAGUGGGGCCUGUGUGUCUUUGAUGACAUUGUUGAGUAUGGGGGACCGGCAUGUGAGCGCUAUCGUAGCUGCUUCCUGGAGCGGCUACUGGCAUUGCUGACAAGCGCCAGUCCCGAGGUGCGGCAGGCAGCCAGCUACGGCAUUGGUGUACUCGCACAGUUUGGAGGCGAAGGCUUCACCCAAGCAUGUGUUCAGGCUGUGCCAACACUGGUCGCCAUGAUUGAAGCUCCAGAUUCAAGGGCUCCCGAGCGUGUAUUUGCCACCGAAAAUGCGAUCUCGGCUGUCAGCAAGGUGUUACUGUGGCGUUCCCAGGCAGUCAAUGCUGAUGAACUUAUCCCUCGAUGGUUUUCGUGGCUGCCUGUCUGGGAGGACGAUGAGGAAAACCCACACGUCUAUGGGCUGCUCUGUUCACUAUUGGAAGUAAAUCAUCCGGCCUUGUUGGGGAAAGACAACGCAAACCUUCCACGAGUGGUGAUGGUGAUGGCAGAGGCAUUUGCCAAGGAGGCAGUGGAGCCUAGUUCGCCUGUUGGAGCUCGCAUGGUGGCUUUGCUGCAUUCUCUAAAGAGCAAUGCAGAGAUGUUUGCCAUGUGCAUAGCUCCCCUAAGCUUGCCACAGCAAGAAGCACUACAAAAGGUCCUUGGUGGAUGUUGAUGCCUUGCCCCGUAUUUAUUGGACUGUCCGCCUCAUUUAGGCAGCACACUGUGAAUAGGAUAAUUUUGUACAUUUGCCUAAUAUUAGGAUUCUUCCUGUGUGAUAAGUGCAGGCCUGUUGUCAAGGAGGCCCACCCUGCUUCCGGGUGGAUGAAAAUAAAAUGUGUGGAAGCAAAAAUAAACUGGUCUUGUAUGUCUGCUGCUACA